AUGUCGACGCUGCCGGUCUCGCUAUUGCCGGCUUCAAGGCCGCAGCCGAUUCCCCAGCGCAAACUGAUCAAGAAGGGCGGCUACACGCGACAACGCCGCGGAUGCCUGACCUGUCGACAGCGCAAGAAGAAAUGCGACCAGGGGCUGCCGAUUUGUGGGCACUGCUCACGACUCAACCUUGUUUGCAAGCUCGAAAAGCCCCGAGAGGUUGUUUCGAGCGCUGGCGGGGAAGAUGCUGCCAGAGACUCGGGUUCUGAACGGCGCCAACGCUGGGACCAUGACAACUCUGCUUCUCCACAGGCCGACAAUGUUUCCGAAGUGUUGAGGGUUUCAAAGAUCUUUGAGCCGCUAGACUUUGUGCGGCCUAAGGACUCUGUUGAUCAUCUGAGCUCUAGUCGGAGGACCAUGAUGCGAUACUACACUUCCACCCUGGCCAUUAUGCUAUCCGCAACCGCUGAAAACAACUGCUUCUUAUCCGUCCUGCUGCCAAUGGCCUUUGACUGCGGUACCCUCCUGGAUGCCAUGGCUGCAUGGUCUUCGGCCCAUCUGGCCCUACGAGACCCCAGUUUCCACAACGUCUCUCUGCAGCAUCGCGGCAGGGUUCUUAGCAACCUUGGCGCCGCUCUUAACGGCAAUAACCUUUCUGGGGAAAUGUGCCUGGCUAUAACCAUGGCUAUGUGCUCUAUGGAGACCAUCUCGGAUGCAACUACUAGCGGUUGGGCACACCAUCUGCUUGGUGCUGCGGCCGUCCUUCAGUCUGGUAGCUCCGAUGUUCAAGAAGGGGCGCUGCAAAAGUCACGAACCAUCAUCAACAGCUACUGGCUGGAAUCAGUUGAGAGGAAGUGGCUGGUGAGGAACUUUGCGUAUCAUGAUAUCCUGAUGAGCGUUUCGCUGGACCGAAGACCGCUCAUCUCCGGCGACUAUUGGAUGUCUGCGGAUGACGAGAUGGCCGAUCCAUACUUUGCAUUUGCGUCCAAAAUCAUGCUUUUAACUUCAGAAAUCAGCGUCUUGAAUGCAGAUUGCGCCGACUACGAGCUGUUGCUUCACGACGAGGGCAGCAGCCCAGAAGAAUACGACUAUUCCAGCAUCUUUGAAGCAUUACCGUCACAAUCCAAAUACGAUACAUUUCUCCAAAGAGCCCGCAGCAUCGCUGAUGAACUUCGAGAAUGGGAAUGUCCAGCUGUUUCCGCCGACACACCGCUCGGGUUCCUCAGCCAAACAUAUCAAAGCGCAGGGCUCAUAUACCUCCACUACGUCUUGCAGAAAUACUUUCCACAGCACUCGGCCGAUAUACUAACAGAAGGAAUUGACGUGUAUGUCGAGUCAGUUUGUGAUGCUGCGCAAAAAGUGCCCGAAGGAUCGCUAGCCGAGUGCUCGUUACUGUUUCCACUGUUUAUUGCUGGCGGGGAGGCGAAGGAUGCAACACACAUUGAGCGAAUCAAGAAUAGGCUUUACACGAUGAAUAAGUGGAGGAGGUUCCGGAAUGUGAAUGCCUGCAGGGAGGUUUUGGAGGAACUUUGGGAGCGGAGGAGUGAGGCAAGAGAAACUGAGACACUGAGUUGGAGGGAUAUUGUCAGGCAACGAGGCUGGCAGCUUGCACUGUCGUAG